AUGCCCACCUAUCCAAGAAAUGUCCUUGUCAACCUAGGCGCCAUCGGCGGAACUGGCGGCGGCGCGGUAGAUAUUAUCGCUCAGACUGGCGGCCUAGUGGAAAAAGUUGGUGUCUGGGCAUCUGGAAAGGACAUCAUCGGCGUCUCUGUUAAAUUUACAAAUGACGAGACAGCGAAGAAAAUGGGCUCCGGAGAAUGGGGCGACUAUUCAGAAUUCAUAUUCGAAGAUGCCACCGAAAUUGUGAAAUCGCUGAGCCUCUGGGGUAACGGCAAGGGUACAAACCUUGGUCGAAUCAAAUUCACCACCUCCAAGGGGCGUACAUUCGACUAUGGCGGUCAAAGUGGGAAAAAGGAAUACCCAAUGGAUGUUGGAUGUGGCCUCUGGGUCGGCAUCGGAGGAAAUUGCGGAGCCACAGUCGACAACAUGAGUGUCUAUUUCCUGACCAAGGUUGAUUCCAUGAAGAUGAAAGACGUGAAAUUUAAGAACGAUCCCACGGGUACGAGUCAAGGAAUAAAACCCAAAAUGAUCAAGUCGGCGCAAUUCCCAUGGCUUGGAAAGUCUUACGACUACAAAUUUGAACGACCCAGGCUUGAAAAGGAAACACACACUGUGACUGAAACCAAGGGACAGUCUACGACCGCGGGACUGUCUUUUACUGAAACUUGGAAAGGCGAAGUGAACUUAUUCGUCGAGAAAGCGACCCUCGAGGUGGGGGCCACCGAGUCUGUAUCGCACGUUUGGUCCAAAGACAGUUCAACUGCAGAUUCUGAGGAGACCACGGACGGUAUGACAGCCGGUGUUUCUGGAAAGAUUGAAAGCGCCAAUGAUGGGGUCAUGAUUGAGGCUGUGAGCUAUACUGGCACGCUCGAUCUUGAUUACACGGCGACAAUUGAAGUAAAGAUGGCCAGUGGAGCUUCUUACAAUAUCCCGACGAAUGGAAACAUGAAGAAGGUAUCUUACUCCAAAAUAUACAUGAACGUCAAACCAAUCAGUGAAGAUACGACCCUUCCUCCAGGAGAAAACGAGGAAAGAUCUUUGGAGGAGCCGACACCGGAGAACUACCAGGACAACUUUUCUGGGGAUCAAGAAAACGAGGACCACCAAGAGACUGCAUGGUCUCCCGCGGAGGACUCAGCAGUGCAGGUGGAAGACCAGGAAGGCCGUUACACAAAUGAGAGGAGAGAUGACGAGAGAUAUGUAAAUUUCGACGACUCCCGAGAACAGCAACAAGAGAAUGAGGAAGACUUCGAGCAGCAGCCGCGUCGUGGGUAUAGCCAACCUGAAUAUGAAGCUCAAAACGACUAUCAGCGAAGCCGAGAGGAGCCUGAGCAAACUCAAGACGACUUCCAGCAAAAUGAAAAUGAUUACGAGCAAGGCCAAGACGACUCGCAUCAGAAUCAGAAUCAGCAUUACCGUUCUGAGGGCUAUGAAGCCCAAAAAGAGCGCACUUCUGAUGGAAGAUUCGCUGAGUACGAAGAGAGCGAACCUGCCACGCCCAACGAUCGGGAGGAGAAUCGUUGGGAUCAGCCACCGAGCCCAGACAGGCAAGAUAACAGUGAAAGAUAUGCUUCGCAGAUCAACUACCAGGGUGGGAAUCAAUAUGAGAAUGAGAGUGGAGAAAAAAAGGAUGAAUCUGAUGAAUACCGACAAAAUGACGAGAAUCGCCGCAGCACGCAAGCAUACGAGGAUGGUCAACAGUAUGGCUAUGAGCAGACUCUUGGGGAGGAUGAGCGUACCUAUGCUCCUGUUGAACAAAGAAGCCCUCGGGGGGGCUAUAAUGCUUAUCAGGGUGAGAAGGAGGCCUUUGAAUAUGCCGAGGAAAAGCCCAGCUACAGGGAUGAGUAUCAGCAGCAGGCAAAUGACUGGAGAGGCAACCGCAACGAGUCUGUGUUCUGA